AUGGGACAUAUCGACGGUUUGGUUCAGCCGGUUUGGCUCGGCCACCAUACAACCGAGCAAUUGCGCUCUCCUGUUUCACUUGGUAUACUGCCUUGCGAGUUGGUCCUGGAAAUUGCAGACUACUUGGAGAUCGGAUCUCUCAGCCGCUUGUCUCGUACCUGCAGAGGGUUACACAGGCUCCUCGAUGCUGAAAUCACAAAGCAGGCUCCACAAUCCUCCCUAGCCCCUAGAAGCCACUACGAGGCGAGAUUUGUCUAUGACGAUGAUCACCAGCACGGGGUAGACUUUCCUUCCUUCAGGGUCCACUGGGGCCCAACAUUCGAUCAUAGCGUAGCGUCUUGUCGCAGGUGGAUUCCCCCUGCCUUUAUCCCAACGAGAUUCGAACCCUUCGGCCAAGCUAUAUAUCGGGGCAACUUUGCUGCUGUGAAAAGUCUUCUCGAGCGAGGUGUGAAUCCCAAUUCAUAUCUUGUCAAUGGUGCGACUAUGCUCAGUAUAGCUGUGGAAUCGGGUAACAUGGAUAUUGUGACAUUACUCUUAAGACUUGGCGCUCGUCCAUGUUUGAAAGAUCCCGGGCUACAUACGUCGCCCCUAGACCGAGCUGCUCGCAAGGGAGACCCCGACGUGUUGCAUGCCCUGCUAUUGACUGGCUGCAAGGUAAAUUCAUGUAUCACCCUUCAUGAUGCUAUCCUCUAUCGAAAAGAAAUUGUCGAGCUUCUCAUUCCGCUAAUGGACCGGAGCAGAUUCAACCUCACAAAUGCUGGAGGGCAGACCGCUUUACACGUAGCGAUGAGAGACGCAUAUGUUGACACCGCAAUGUAUCUGAUCGGGCUCCCAGAUAUCGACCUUGACAUUCAGGAUAGGCAUGGAUUGACUGCUUUGCAUUUUGCACUCCAUCGUCACAUCCUGGUGCAGGCUCUUCUCGAAGCUGGUGCUGAUAUUAACAUUACCAUGCCACGCGGCGGCCAGAACGCAUUGCAUGUUGCUCUCAAAACUGUUGCUGCAUCAGAACUACCACCUAUACUUCGUGAGCUUCUCCAACAUGGUGCUGAUGUUAAUUGCCUCUCAUCAUAUGGGACUCCCAUGCAUUGUGCGGUUAGAACUAGGGCUAAAUCUGUUGUGGAAGUCCUUCUCUAUGAUAGCCCAACCCCGCCAGAUCUGACAAUCACAGACAGCCAUGGAAAAACACCAAUUGAUUUGGCUGUUGACAUUGGCGGCUAUGAGAUUGGUUAUUUGCUCAGGAAGGAUCAAUACCGCCUUUCUGUAUGA